AUGAAAAAACCGAAUAUGGUGUUUAUUAUCGCCGAUGAUUUGGGAUGGAAUGAUGUCAGUUUACACGGAUCUGAUCAAAUUCCAACACCCAACAUAGACUUGUUGGGACUAUCAGGAGUUGCCUUUAGUCGUUACUACAGCCAUGCUAUAUGUACACCUUCCCGUUCAGCACUACUCAGCGGGAAAUAUUCACACAGAACUGGUAUGCAAGGAUAUCCGUUGUCAAUGAGUGAAGAUAGAGGUCUCCCUGUUACUGAGAAAAUACUACCUCAAUAUUUGAAGCAAGCUGGAUAUGCAACUUACUUAGUAGGAAAGUGGCACGUGGGUUCAUCACGCAACGAAUUCUUACCAACUUCAAGAGGAUUCGAUUAUCACUUUGGCCACCGAGGUGGUUUCACUGACUAUUACGAGUACACGAUUGAAGAAACUUUCAGUCCUGUUGGAACAGUCUGCGGUCUACCUUUGUUUAGAAACUUAACGCCUGCGUGGGAUGUUGAAGGUUACAUCACAGAUGUGUACACCGAUCAUGCGACAUCCAUAAUAGAAAAGCACGAUACAUCAUCGCCGCUGUUUUUAAUGGUAGCCCACAAUGCGCCACAUGCAAGCAACGUAGCUGCAGCUUUGCAGGCACCGCCAAAAGACGUGAGGCAAAUGAGACACAUUGAGUUAGUCUCUCGAAGAAUAUUUGCUGCAAUGGUAAAGAAAUUGGAUGACAGUGUUGGAGAAAUAGUAAAAGCUCUCUACGACAAGGGAAUUUUGGAAAACACCAUAAUUACAUUUGUUUCUGAUAAUGGUGGCAUGACAAGUGGAGAAUAUCAAAAUUUCGCUUCAAAUUAUCCCUUGAGAGGAUUAAAAACGUCUCCAUUCGAAGGUGGUAUCAGAGUUGUAGGACUUAUGUGGAGUGCCAAUUUGAAUAACUCAGAUCACCAUUGGAACGGCUACAUGCAUGUCUCAGACUGGUUGCCGACAUUGUUAACUGCUGCAGGUGUAGAGGUUCCAUCUGGUAUCGAUGGAAUAAAUCAUUGGGAAAACAUUAACUCAAAUGCAGCAUCAGACAGAACAGUAAUGUACGAAAUUGAUGACUAUACAGGAUUUGCUUCUAUGAUAAUGGGUGAUUUCAAAUUAAUCACAGGCAAUAUUAAUGAAGCCACCAGUAAUUAUCAAGGUGCCUAUUUAAGGGCGAAAAUGGGUGAAGAGCCAAAUUACCGUGAUGCAUUAUCAAGCAGUACCGUGUACAAGGUUUUAAAGUCACUUGGCCGUCCAUUUAACAUUACCAAUUUAAGCCGAUUAAGAAGAAAGACCGUAAUAGAAUGUGAUUCAACUUCAACCUCAAUAUGUCAACCUAGUGAUAGUAUCUCUUGUUUGUACAAUAUCAUAGAAGAUCCUUGUGAGACAACAGAUUUAUCUAAGGUUCACCCUGAAUUGGUGGAGGAGAUGACGAUUCUGCUAAAGAAAGAAUAUGCAACGAGAAUACCUAGGAAGGUCCCGGUGUACAGAGAUCCUUUAGCGGUUCCACGUGAAGCCAAUAACUUUACGUGGAAUACUUGGGUACCAGAUGCAACGCCCUUUUAA